AAGCAUUCCACGCAGCCGUUAGCGCAGGCGUUUCAGUUAUUGUUCAGCGUCUUCUAAGGGCUCCAAGCUACCAAACGCCGAACGCCAUUUCUGCUUUGUUUCAUUUUCUUCAAUGCACAAAUAUGAAAUUACUGAUGUGACUAUUGUUGCUGCUGCUUGAAUGCUGUGCCACCGAGUUACGCAAAACCGCGUUGCAAGCAAGCCGCCAAUUCAAAUUUUUCUGUAUAAAUAACGGCAACGUCUAACGACAAAGCAUCAAACCUUCAGCAGCAACAGUUAGUACAGCAUCAGCUACAACGGAGCUAAAAAACUAAGAAACAAUCAUCAAAAUGAAAUAUCUGCAAGUUUUCUUCAUUGUCAUCAUCUGUAUAGCCGCAUGCCUGGCGGCUAUUUCAGAACCGGAGGAUGUGACUGCCUUGGAAGAGAAGAAGACUGAAAAACGUGGCGCUUUCGGCUUCGGCUACGGGCACGGCUAUGGCCAUGGCUAUUAUGGAGGUUAUGGUUAUGGCGGCGGCUAUGGUGGUGGUUAUGGUGGCGGCUAUGGUGGUUAUGGCGGCGGAUAUGGUCAAUUUGGCGGAGGCUACCCACACUAUGGCGGUCCAUCAUUCUACGGCGGACACGGUUACUACCCUCAUGGCGGUUACUACGGCGGCGGCUAUCACUGAGUGGUAUUAAGGGAACUAAGCACCUAACCAAGCACAUAAUUAAACAUAAUAAGGCCGCAAAGUGUUCGAAUAGAACUGCUUUUUUUGUCAAAUGUGAC